UAAAAGCGAUCGAAAAAUGCCCACUGGCGAGGUCAGGCCAACCAGGGCCAGUCCCUAUUGGCGUCAUGCUAGUCCCGCGAGAAGAACAACGAUGCCCAAAUCGGAUUUAACACCAGAGCAGGUCAAUAAUCGAAUUGGACAGAAACUUUUGCGGACCCUAGUUCAGAGUUUACCUUCUGGCAGGGAACCCUUGCGAUCCCGAUCAUCCUGUCCACGCAUAUAUCGUCGUAGCAGGCAGCCCAGUAGCUCCAGAUCGAUGGGUAGUCCGGAAAAAAUCCCAUUUACUACACAGAUCAAGACAAAGGCACCGGUUAGAUUGCAGGCAGGAAUGCCGGUUAUUCAAGUGUCAAAUAGAGAUCGACCAAAGACUAUAGGGUUGGGCAGGAAUGCCCAGCAAUCUUUAAUGGGUUUCGUUAAGCGUCGCAGUGAAACUCCGACAGAUCAGGCGAAUAUCAGGGAAGAAGAGGUCGAUAUGAUGCCGGAGAUGUUGACUGGGACAGACGUCACGAAAGCCAGACAGGAAGAGUUUGAAGAGAUAACAUCCGAAGUACCAAGUAUAAAACAAGAAGGACAAAAAUCUGAACGCGUUAGUCAAAGGAAUUCCGAUGCAGAGGCCCAAGAGAUUUCCAAAAAUAUUGACCAGAAUGCCGAGAAGAAGAGUUACCCAGAAAACGCAAAGACUCCAAUAGAGGAAGAAAAGCCUAUCGAGGAACCAACUGCCACGGAACCAGAGCCACAGAAACCAGAAAAUGUAACGAACUCCAAGAUAAUACCCUGCUUUCGAGGGGAAUAUCCAACGCGACAUCGUCCUGACUCGUAUCAGUGGUUUCAGUCCUCGGGUCCCAAUAUCGUAGCCAUCUGUGAUGAGGAACACCAAGUUAUGGGCGAGGCGGAAAUAGUCACCGCCUGCGAGGUAACCGAAGCUCACUUCCUGAGCCUCGAAUGUGAGGAUGAUAAUAUGAACUAUGAAAUGACAUCGAUGCCAAGGUGUAGUACUUGCAUGGCUUGCCCACAGAAUCAGCAGAAUACGAAUUGUUUUGGUCAGCAAAGAUCUAGCUUUCAUCAGCAACCUUACUUUCAGGUGCAGCAACUUAACCUUCAGCAACAGCAGCCAUGCUUUCAGCAGCAACAGCAGCAGCAGCCUUACUUUCCGCAGCAGCAACCUUGCUUUCAGCAACAGCAACAAUCUUGCUGUCAACAACAACAACCACCUUGCUUUCAACAACAGAAACUACCUUGUUGCAAGCAACAACAACAACCUUGCUUUCAGCAACAAAGGACUUGUAGCCAAAGUCCUUCUUGUCCCAAUUCGCAGGUGAAACAAAGAUGUCCCAAGUGUCAGGAUCAAAAUCAGUCUGGAAACUUUGUUUACAAUCUAAGUCAGUCAAUUCAGCAACAAAAUCUUCCGCAAAUCCAGCAACCAACUCGUCCGCAAAUGCAGCAACGAAAUCUUUCGCAAAUGCAGCAACCAAAUCUUCCGCAAAUGCAGCAACCAAAUCUUUCGCAAAUGCAGAAACCAACUCUUUCUCAAAUACAACAACCCAUCCAACAAAGGAAUUCUCCCGAGCAGGUAGACUCACCUGGCCAAAAUCAAGUGCCAAUUUCAAUGCAAAUGCAAUUGCCGAUGCAACAGAAACCUGCUCAACAGGAAUCCCUCGUGGAGGAUAACAAUUGCCUGACCGAAAUUUUGGCGGAGGAGUUAAAGAAACAGAUGCUAGAGGCACAGGCGCAGAUUGCCCAAGUCCAACUUCAGUUAAAUAGCGCCUGUGGAGCCACAAGAGUACGGCAGAUGCAUGUGCUCGCUCAGAAUGACACUGGAGCACCCACUUGGGCACCAGAAAACCAGUUCGUAAGUUCCUUAGGUGAAGAACAGGAUACGGGCGAAGAUCUUCCAGAAGAAUUUCGAGAUAGCAGGGAGGAGAAUAACAAUUCUUUUCGUUCAUCAUCAUAUACCUACAAGAACAUGGGUUCUGGCGAAUCGGAUAGGAUGUGGUCUGUUCCAAUUGCUCCUCCACCUUCCCAGGUUGGUCUGUAUCCCAUGCCAUUAACGAUGCCCAAUCAGAAUGCGUACAUUCUGCAAGAGUCUCAACAAUAUACUGCUCAGCAGCAGAAGCCACCAUCUAUUCUGUCCCAGCGAAUGGGGUACCAACAGUCACAGCAAAUGAAUCCUUACCAGCAGCCACAGCAAAUGAAUCCUUUCCAGCAACCACAUCAAACGGGUACUUUUCAGCAGAUACGUCAAAUGCCACCUCGACAGCAGCAAUGUAGAGCACCUCCUUGCUUGCCACAGAAGCCAACUUCUUUUCAACAAAAAACACAGCGAUCUUGCCCACAAUUGCAGACCUCUAUGAGAUCUGGUCAAGGAUCCCAGUCCAAUAAGUUUUCUUGUUCUCCACAAUAUUGUCCCAGUUGUUGUUGCCAGCGAUAUGCCCAAAUGCGAUUCAUGAUGCCGCGAUGUUGGCCACGCUAAAGUCUAAAACACUUUCUAUUAUUUGUAAAGUAACUUACCAUGAUGAGUCGAAAUACAGUCUCUUCAAGGUAAGAUACCUUACAAAAGGUUUUUCCACUACAUAAUUGUGCAAUUCUUCCGUUUAAAAUUGAGGCCAAUCGAUGAAGUCUAAACUUGGCUUCAAUAAAGAUUCGAUUUUAAAGCUAAAAACUUGAGUUUUUUGUCAACUGGUUGAGUUUUGGA